CGUCAUUGUUCGUUUGUAUCAAAAUCGCAGGUAUUUCAAUAGGUACAUUAGGAUAUAAUAAAUACCGAUUAAAAUGUUAAAACCUAAACGGAGGAUUUAAGAAAAUAUUUGGAUUAUUCUACUCAUUCAGGCCAUUAUAGAGAUGACAUGGAAGAGCACACUUUAAAAUGGAUACUAAGUUCACUUAAUAAUUAAAAUAUAUUCCAACAAUUAAAGAUAAUUAUCUCAUGAAUUAAUUGUUAAAUCAGGAGAUAUAUCAUAAGAGGUGUUAUUGGAGGAUUUAAGAAAAUAUUUGGAUUAUUCUACUCAUUCAGGACAUUAUAGAGAUGAUAUGGAAGAGUGCACUUUAAAAUGGAUACUAAAUUCACUCAAAGAUGAUUAAAAUAUAUUCCAACAAUUAAAGAUAAUUCAUUCAAGGAGAUAUAUCAUAAGAGAUUUGCAAACAAUCAUUUCGUUAUGCAACUGGAUUAGAAAGACAUGUACAAAGACACAAGGGUGAAGGAGGUUUCAUUUGCAAACAAUGUGGAAAAAAAUUUUGUUCUGAUGCUGAAAGAAAAAUACACAAGGAAGCAAUACAUAAUAUCAAUAACUGUCAGUUAUGCAAUCUAAAAUUUAAAAAAGAGGAAGAAUUUUAUGCACAUAUAAAUAAGGAACAUGAUGGUCGCGACAGAAUUUAUUCAGUUUGCAGUGAAUGUGGACAACAGUUUAAGACUAACAUAUCAUGUAGAAUCUAGAUGUGGAACUCUAAGGCAAUGGUCAUGCAAUAAUUGCAAUUCAAAGUUUAUGACUAAAAGCUCUUUGAGAGCUCAUCAACUAAUACAUAUAGGUGAGAAAAAGCAUUUAUGUAAUUAUUGUGGUAGCAGCUUUUUAUCAAAAGGACAGUUGAAAGUUCAUGAACGUAGUCACACUGGUGAAAAGCCUUUUUCAUGUGAGGUUUGUGAAAAAUCAUUUGCAUAUAGAGAGUCUUUAGUAACUCAUUCAUCAGUGCAUACUGGUAUUAAGCCAUAUUUGUGUUUGGCUUGCGGUGCCAGAUUUUCUUGUAUAGGAAAUUUGAUUAAACAUAGAAGAACUCGUUUAAAUACUUGCGGUCUUCCGCAAUAUUGCACAGAAAGUGUUAAAGUCGCACCUAGACCUAGUGCUAAACGUAUCAGGAACCGAAGACCGAAAAGAAAAAUAAAUAUUAAUAUUGAAUCAGAUCUUAAACAAGAUUUGAAAACGGAAAUUAAUGUGAAGAAUCAAAAAUCAAUUGAAUCUUUUGAACCUAUACAAAAGACUGUUGGUUUGUCACAUAAUAAUCCACAACUUAAUUAUCUUAACAAUGACAUUGAAAUAAAGACUGAAAAUAUUUUUGAAGGAAAUAAUGAUUAUAGUAUAAAAUCCUAUUCUGGGGAUUCCCAAUAUAAUCAAGAAGAUAAAAAGCAUAGCUUAAAUAAAUUACAAGUUACUCUGGAUCAAACUGUAAUUGAGGAUAAAUUAAAUGAUUCAGUUAUGAUAAAUGAUAUUAAAAUUGAAACUCAUACUACAGUGCAAUCAGAUGGCAAUGAUGGAAUUGAUGUUUUGGAUGAUAAUGGUAUUGAAGAUCCCAACAACUAUGAUAGCAAUAAUCUCUCAGAUCCUGAGUUAGUCGAAAGGAAUGAGAAGAGUGAUGUUAUAGAUUUGCCAACUGAUUUAUUUUCUCCCACAGAAAGUAUAAAUGGAAGACUGGAAAGACCAUUAUUUUCAUGCAAGCUUUGUUUAAAAGAAUAUGCUUAUUUAUCUGCCUUAGAAAAACAUGAAAAAUCUCAUGGUGGUGUCAUGGGUACAUUAACAGAGAACAAGAAAGAAAGGGAAAUGAAAAAUAAACAAAAUAAAAGUGCAUACAGCUGUAAAUUUUGUUUCAAAAAAUAUUUAAACAAAUCAAUUCUUAUAAAACAUGAAGAAAUGCAUGGUCCUGAUGGUUUAUUAUUAGUUCGCUGUGCUUGCUGCCCACGUUUCUUCCAUGACACUAAUUCUUGUUUGCAACAUCAGUAUGCAGAACAUAAGGAUAAAUUGGCUUGCACACCUUGUGCUAAAUUAUUCAAAAGGCCUGAGUUAUUGGCGUUACAUAUUAAACGAGAGCAUAGUGAUGAACCUAUUCCCAAGAAGAAAUAUAAAUAUGUUUGUUCUGUUUGCGGCAAAAGACAGCCAUCAAAACGUGCUCUUAUAGAACAUGAAGAUUCUCAUAGCCAUAAUGCAGAUUUAAAUGUUAAAAGUAAUACUCUUUCAAGUUCUAAUAAAAUACACACUUGUCCAAAAUGCAAACAUAUAUAUUCGUCUGCUGCAUCGCUUCGAUCACAUAUGACUGUCCAUGCUAUUGGUGGAGACAAACUACAACAGCUAUGUCGUUAUUGUGGAAAAGCAUUCAGAACGCGCGGUGAAGUUAAAGUUCAUGAACGAGGUCACAGUGGCGAGCGGCCAUUUAAAUGUGAGUUUUGUGUUAAAGCAUUUGCUUACCGCGAAUCUUUAAUUACACAUCGUUCUAUACACACGGGAUAUAAACGCCACUUUUGUUCAGCUUGUGGUGCUAGAUUUUCAUGUGUUUCGAAUCUUCAAGCUCAUAAAAGAAGUCGAAAAAAUACCUGCGGAUCUGAUGUAAUGGACAACAAGAAUGUUUUAACAAAUCAACAGCACAUAGAAGUAAACAAAAGUUUGGACAACCUACCGAUGAUUACAUAAAAUGAAAUUUUAUCUUUUUUUUCUGAUAUUGCUCAUAGACAGAAGCUGAGCUUGAAAACAGCAGCCACUUUUUCAUAUUUUCAAUGACAUCACAGCCGAAUGAUGAAGUAAAAAGGUGAAAAUUGUUAUAUCAGAUAUUUUCAAAAAUACCUUUAAAGUGAUUUAUGAUUCAUUUUAAUAUCAGGG